UCCAUUUAUAAGAAUCACCACUCGCUCGUUCCAACGGGAGACGCCAAUGACGGAUAGGAUUCUUCCACGUGUCUGAACUAAGCGAGUACGAGCAUUAUCAUACGCGCCGGCAAGUGGAAAAGAAUGCACGAACAAAAACGUUAAAUGCCUUUUUCAAUUUGUGAGCUAUCUCUCGUCUCAUUCCCUCGCAUCCGCUUUGUUCGAAAUUUCAAAAAAACGACCUACCACCCCUUCCCUCUCUUGUUUUCUGUUUGAUUCUCGAAAAAUCUGUUCCUCCUGAUUGAAAAGCCUUGCGGUUCUCCCGUCGCUGUUCACCUAUUAAGAAAAUCGAUGAUAUGAGACACUUGUUGAAGCGGAGGAUAAAUCUCUUCUACAGAUCUGCGCUGCGAUUUCUUGACGUAUCAGUUUGCAGAGCCAUGGGUUGUUUCCUGGACUGCUUCCGCACCAGAGGCGAUCAGUCUGCCAAUAAUCUGGCGUCUCACUCUUCUCGCGCCAAAUCCAGAAGAGGUCAGGAUUCAGAGAACGCUUUAUCAGCCUUGUUUAUGUCUGAAGAGAAAGCAGCUUCACCACGACCUGAAAAAGACGGAUUUGACUCGGAUUUUAUACAUAUCGACAAAGGCCUCAAAGAUGAGGCGCGUUUUCUAAAAGCUUGUGGUACCAUACCUGAGACUCCGAUGGAAAUCCGGAAAGCAUCCAAAAAACAAGAUACUCCUGAACAUGAAAGAGAUUCUGGAUCUUCCCAAUUUCAUUCCUGGAUUUCCAGUGGCUCUGCUGUGAAGUUUCGCAUGGAUGAGAAAAAUGAAGAGCCUCCAACUCCUCUCAAAGUUUGUGAGGAACUGGUACAACACACAGUUACUUCAGAGCAAACACCUAGCAGUUGUGUGACCAAUCCUCCAAACAGCGGAAGAAUCUCUUCUGGUUCUAGUGAUGCUGGUGAAGAAGGGCUUGGAAGCAUUGGCACAGAAUUCAGGGGUGAGAUGGAUAGAACCUGCAGGCCCACGCCCGCAGCUGGAAAAGUAUCUGGAAGGAUAAAAACUGUGCGGUUUGAGUGCGACUUUGAUCAACCAUACUUUUCUGGUUCUUCCCAUGGCAGCAGUUCAGGAAAUACUGAGAUGAUAGCAAAAACUAAUUUUGUGGCGACCUCACCUAAUCCGACCCCGUUGAAGCUCUCUGAUGAGAUGCAAACUCCCGGGACCAUAUUUCCAGCGAAUCUAGAAUCAACAGGCAGGGUGAAGCCUAGAAUAAGGUCACAGUUUGUUUAUCCAGUCUCCAAACCAAUCGAAAAUGCCUCUUUAUCUAAGGUCCCUGAGGAGUCAGAUGGGAGCCAAGAACGAGCUAAAGUGCAGGUCUGUGAUGAGCAGAUAGAGGUUGGAACUCCCAGUGCCGAAUUAGGUCGGAGAAAAGGGGAAGAAAGUUCACGUGAGAAAGGUUUGAAGGUUGAAGCUAGCUUUUCUCCGUGGCUGAAGCGAGUUAAGGAGGAUAGUAGUGAAAAUGUGGCAGCUUUUUCCCACAGGACUCCUCGAGUUGCCAUGACUCCUGGUGACAGGCCUAUCAUUGGUAUGGUUGCUGCUCACUGGAAUGCGGAACAGCUCUCGCAAAAUUCACCCAAAUGGUGGGAUGGAAAUGGGAUCCCAAAUUCAACAAACAAGUACAAGGAGGAUCAGAAAGUGAGUUGGCACGCUACACCAUUUGAGGAGAGACUGGAGAAAGCUCUUUCUGAAGAGAGUUUCAUCUCUCAAAGGAAGCGUUAUAGUGGGGGAGUUAGAGCAAUGGAAGAGGCUGAAGGGGACACAGCUAUGUCACAGCUACAACAUUCAGCAGAAUCCAAGUCAGUUGUUUCCUUCUGAGAAUCUAAAAUCAGUCUUAAUAAUUGCUUAUCAUACCUACUAUCAUCAUCUGCUGCAAUGAUAUGGUUAUAUGCUUGCGUUACGGCAGUUAUAGAAACUUAUAGAGUAUACUACUUAAUGCUUAUACAACAAUUUUUUGAGUGAAUGAAUGAGAACAUUUGUGUCAUUUUU